AAACCCGUGGGUGAUCUGACUAUCAUGGAGCCUGAGGACUUUGAUUCCGAGGAAAAAGAGAUGUUAAGCUGGGAUAUUAAUGAUAUGAAGCUGCCACAGAACGUGAAAAAGACCGACUGGUUCCAGGAGUGGCCAGAUUCCUACGAGAAGCACAUAUACAGCUCAGAUGACAGGAAUGCGCAGCGGCACCUGAGCAGCUGGGCCAUGCGCAACACCAACAACCACAACUCGCGCAUCCUCAAGAAGUCCUGCCUGGGCGUGGUGGUGUGCAGCCGUGACUGCUCCGCCGAGGAGGGGCGCAAAAUCUACCUGAGACCGGCCAUCUGCGACAAAGCCCGGCAGAAGCAGCAGAGGAAACGCUGUCCCAACUGUGAUGGGCCUCUCAAGCUGAUUCCUUGCCGAGGCCAUGGGGGCUUCCCGGUCACCAACUUCUGGAGGCACGAUGGACGCUUCAUAUUUUUCCAGUCAAAGGGAGAACACGAUCAUCCCAAGCCAGAAACCAAGUUGGAAGCUGAGGCAAGAAGAGCAAUGAAGAGGGCACAGACAGCAUCCUCCUCUGUCUCCUUAAAGCUGAAGGGGAGCCCAGAGACAAAGUCUCUUCCAGGUGAAACACAAAGUUGGGGAAGUUUACCUUUAACUUGGUCUAUCCAGGAAGGCAUCCAAUUGCCUGGUAGUUACGGUGGACGUUUAAUAGCUAACACUCCCCAGCAGAAGUCACUGAAUGAUUCCUUAUUCUUCUCCAAGAGUUAUUGUUUGGGGGGAACCACUGAUCUGGUAGACCCUGCUUCUACCUUGGGCCCCACUAAACUCUAUGAGAAAUGCAAAUUGUCCAGUAGUUGGAUUUAUAAUAGUGGGGACCUGCUUCAUCCUGUUUCUGGAGUCUUCUCUGACUACGAUGAUCGGCAAACGUGGAAUAAAAACACUGCUUUGGGGAGAAAUUCUCUUAAUGACAAUCGUUGUCCCAAUUAUCCCUUUGCUUUGACCAGCUGGCCUUAUGAUUUCUCCCCUUCUCAGAACUCUUCAGAACGCUUUUCCCAGCAGAUUCCCGUGGAACCACCUGCAGCCGAAAGUAGCUGUCACCCACUAUGGCCAAAUCCAGGGGGUGAUCUUUACGAAGAGAAAGUGCAUGUGGAUUUUAACAGCUGCUACCCUUCCACCACAUGCCACUCACGUCAGGAAGACCCCUUUCUCCUCACCUAUACCCCCCACCCCCACCAUCAAUAUUCAUUGACAGGCAAGAGCAGCGAGUGGGAUUUUAAUGAAGAAAUGAGGGGCAUGGGUUUGGAUCACUACAACAAUGAGAUGCUUCUAAACCUCUGUCCUUUAAGAUGAUCCAAAUAGAAAUCCUUGGACACUACUAGCAGGAAUGUAAUUUAGUGCAGACGCUGUGGAAAACAGUUACAGAGGUUCCUCAGAAAACUAAAAGUAGAACUACCAUGCGAUCCAGCUAUUUUCCUUGUAGGUGUGUAUCCACAGGAACUGAAAUCCUUAUCUCAAAGAGGCACCUGCACUCCCAUGUUCACUGCAACAUUAUUCACAAUAACCAAAGUACAGAAACAACCUAAGUGUCCAUCAACAGAUGAAUGGAUAAAGAAAAUAUGGUG